AGAGAGAGAGAGAGAGAGAGAGAGAGAGAGAGAGAGAGAGAGAGAGAUCCCCUUGAGAUAAACCAUGCUGGAGAGUUGCAGAGUAAUUCCGCGCAGGGGGAUAGAGCACCGAACACUCUGCCGGUUUCGAAUUUAUGAUUAAGGUUUACUGGUCACCCCAGGGGGUCUCGAGUCCUCUAUGCGAAAGUAAAUCAAGUUUGAGAAAGCGACAAAUUUCGUGUGAGUGACUAAUUGAUGCGUACCGGACGCGGACCGGAUGGGAGCGCACAAGACGAGACACCCUGAAAGAGUUUUUUUUAAAAUCUCAUCGGAGCGUGAAUAUGCCGGGAUGUGAGCCGAACGCGAGGUAGAAUGGCCUCUCAUCCUACAUGGAUCUCUGAGGGAUGGCAGCUUUUUGCACUCAUCAUCACCAUCUUCCAAACGCGGACUUGCGGAGACUUUUCCACCGGCUCACCAUCGCGUCUUCUCUGAGUAUCCUCUGCUUCUCCCUGGUUUACCUCCUCGCCGGAUGCUGCCAGUCCGGACUGGUGGAGAACUCUGACAGCAAGCCAAACGCGUUCGGGUUCCUCACGCCGGGAUGGCCGUACGAGAGGAACGUCACCGGGGUGGGCGCGUCAGUGGGCGAUGGUGCGUUCGCGGCUCAAGGCGGGAUGGAGUCGAACAGCUCUGGGAAAGAAUGGACGGCCACUCGCAGGUUACCCCAAGCUCUGAUCAUCGGGGUUAAGAAGGGAGGAACGAGAGCUCUGCUGGAGUUUCUGCGGCUCCAUCCUGACAUCCGGGCUCUUGGUUCCGAACCGCACUUCUUUGACCGGCAUUACGCACGCGGACUGGACUGGUACAGGAGUAUGAUGCCCAAAGCGCUGAAUGGCCAGAUCGUAAUGGAGAAGACACCGCGCUACUUUGUUACCAUUGAAACACCAGCGAGAGUCCACGCGAUGUCACAAGAGGUGAAACUGAUCGUGGUCGUGCGAGACCCGGUGACCCGAGCUAUAUCCGACUACACACAAAUCAUCUCCAAGACGCCUGACAUCCCUUCUUUUGAGAGCCUCGCCUUCAAGAAUCGUACCACAGGUCUGAUUGAUGCUCAGUGGAGCCCUCUAUGGAUCGGCCUGUACGCCCAGCACAUGGAGCGGUGGCUGGCCUGGUUCCCCCGGAGUCAAGUGCAUCUGGUCAGCGGCGAAAGGCUCAUCUCUGAUCCAGCCGGGGAAGUGGGGAAAGUCCAGGACUUUCUGGGUCUCCAGAGGAUUGUAACAGACAAACACUUCUACUUCAACAAAACAAAAGGCUUCCCUUGCCUGAAGAAACCCGAGGGGAGUAGUAAACCCCACUGCCUGGGGAAGACCAAAGGGCGGACCCAUGCCUCAAUCGACCCGGAAGUGAUGCAGAAACUGAGGGAUUUUUACAAGCCCCAUAACCAGCAUUUCUACCUGAUGGCGGGGCAGGAUUUUGGAUGGCAGUGAAAAUGUCAAUUAGUAUUUUGUUAGCAAAGUAAUCAUCAAUUAAUUGAGAAACCUUUUCUCUGAAACCCAUGAAUAUACACCAAUGCUCCUUUUCCACUGUACGGUACUUAGUCUUCUCUCUGCAACAUUUCUAUUGACAAAACAUUUGUUGUACUACAUUUGUUGUUGUUAUUCAGCCGUGGUUCCAAGCACAGUGAGCAUCCACCAUACACGACUAGAAAUGACAAAAAUAAAUGCACACUUAUGUUUUCCUGUUGCUGCUCAUUCUUCCCUUGAGGACAAUUUAUCUCAUUUCACAACCACACACCGAAAAGUAAAUACUGCGUUGCAGUUCUGGGAAAAUGAAGCUUCAAAUUUACUUCAUGAACCAGCAAAUAUCCCAUGAUCAGAGAUAUCUGAAAGACUUAUCCUGAAUGAUUAUCACGUAAUGUGGUCAAAGCCGAAACAUUUUAAACGUUCAGUAUUUCUGAUCUCAAAUCUUAACAUUUGUGGUCAACACCGAGUUAGGCGGAGACACAGAUUUGUGAUUAUGAGGAAAAUGAUCAACAGCUCAUCGGAACGCGACCUGGGGAUUUUGCAAAUGAGACAUAGUUACCAUAUAAGCCUAUUUUAUAGUUUUUUUUUUAAUGCUGCGCUCUCUCUCAUUUUGUAUUUUUGUCGUCUGGAGGACUUGUUGGUUCUUAAUCCUCACCAAGUCGAUCAACACAUAGGCCUGUCUACUGAGUGACAUCAUCCAAGUAUUGUUCCCGAAAAAGAGAUGCAUAUUUUAUGUGGCAAACGUCGGAGUGCGGUGAGUGAGAGAAUCUUUAAAUGAGCUCGCAUUUGUCUGAGUGGUUUUGUAUUCUUAAAUAAUGAAUGUGGCUAAAUGGAUGAAGGUGGUGGAAGUGAUGGGAAUCACUUGGCCCCUCGGCACGUGCCGGACUGUACGCGUGUGCGUGCUGUGGCUCGGCUCGGCACAUUUGAGGGAGUGAGGAGGCCAAAUAGUCUCACAAAGAUGAUAAACCCGUACGGGACAAGUUCAGAACGACUCUGAACUUGUUCUGACAGAACCCCAUGGAGUCAAGUGAAAUCAUCAUUCUUUGGUUGUCAGGCUUUGUGAAGCCUGCUUGUCGGGCUUUAUUUCUGCAUGUAUUAGCACAAGUUCGAAAACCAAAAAAACAAAAACAAACCCAAGCUAUUUUUAAGCAUAAAAAAAUGGCAAUCAGUCACAUUUAUUGCCCUCCACCCAUCUGCUGCUUGCAAGUCUCUCUGCAGCGCUUGAUUUCUUUGCAAAUGUAACCAUAUUCAUUUCAAUAAGUUGCUCUGUUGCACCGUAUGUUGAUGUAUUUGAAAAUAAAAACAAAGCUGUAAUAGAUACUUUUCGUGACCUAGAAGUGAUUUUAAUUCACGUCGCCGACGUUGGAAUGGGCUCUGUAAACGACCCCCCCUGCCAUUCUGUUAUUUCAACAGGUUAGAAUAAAUCACAACUGCUGACUGUGACGCCCUCUUGUGGCCAAAAUAGUAAACACACCUUCCAACCUAUACUGUAUAGCAAAAAACAAACAAACAAAAAAAAUCCACACAAAAUGUAUCCAAAGGAAACGACACAAAAGUGCUUCAUGACACAGUCCAAUAAAAUCGAAUUUCGAUUCCAACCGUGACUUAAGAAAGUUUCACAUUUCUCAACUGAUUCAGUACCAGCCAAUUCU